AUCACAUAUUCAAGAUGUCUGCCAUUUAAUUUUAAUCGCAUUUCGUGUGGAACAAUUAAAAAGUCUAGAAAAUGCACAGUCGCAUAGUUUGCUGUUUGUGAGUUUUAUGUAAUAUGAUGGUUAGAAUGUGUUUUUCUUGCGCGUUUUGAAAACAUUAUAUUUUUACACCACCAGAUGUCAGCGUCGAGCCACGUUGGCCUCAGCGCAACCGUGGUUUCACAUAACUGGGGUGAUGACGUCGGAUGUCAACACGACGCAAACUUCUACGCUGUAGCCAAUCAGCAUUGUGUCUCACAGACUCUUGUAAAGAUGGCGACGGUGAGGCACAGAGGAGUGAAAACUGGACGCUUUGCCGUUAUUAAACACCACUGGUCAAGACACCGUAAGGACUAAUACGGCAGCGGGAGCGAAAGUCAAUCGACCCAUUUAUCAGCCUUAGCACACCGAUUGGUGCUGUGUGGUGUCGCCGCGGGCCUGGUCGCUUUUGUUUUCGGUUCCACUGCUGUUGUCUUGGACAGCUCAAUAAGCUCCCAAGUUGGAAAGCCAGCGCUAGCCCGGGGCUAGCUGUGUAGCUCCGUUGCUUGGAUCUUUCUGCACGGCAUUCAUGGAUUUAUAGCCUAACCAGGGUAAACGCUGGACUGCAUAUACCUAUUCAAAGUUUUUUGUUUUCACGGAAAGAUCCGUCCAUGAGUCACUCGGAUUAAAAAGACUUCAGGAGGAAUAAGGGGCACCCGACGACCUGGCAUUGCGACACUGUUUGCGGUGUCAAGGCGCAGAGAGUUUGCCGUCAUGUAUUUUCUAACCGGCUGGCCCCGGAGGCUGCUUUGUCCGCUGAAGAGCGAAGAGGAGCCCUUCCACAUCCAGCCCAGCUCCCAGAGGUUUUACUUCGCCGUGUUGUCAGAGACACAGCUCAGCAUCUGGUUUAGUCGGCCCAGUGUUUUGAUAGUCAGCUAUAUCGAGUCUGCAAAGGCGGCGGCCCAGUUUGGCUUCUACCAGAAGGCAGAAUGGAAACCAGACGACUCCAUGAUAGCUGUGGCGACUGCCAAAGGCUACAUCCUCCUGUUUGAUGUGCUGGGUGGAGGGGAUGACAAGUACCUCUAUGAGCCUGUCUAUCCAAAGGGAAGUCCUCGUGUGAAGGUGACCCCAGGUUAUAAGGAGGAGCAAUGUGCCCCCGCCUUGUCUUUAGAGAUGAAGAAGCCUGUGGAUCUGGAAGCCCCCAUCACCAGUCUGCAGUCCCUCCAGGAGGAUUUACUGGUGUGCACCGCAGACGGCUACCUCCACGUGCUCCACUGGGACGGGCUUGGCAGCAACGGACGCAAGGCCAUCUGCCUCACCACGAUCCCCUUCUCGCUAGACCUGCAGUCUGCUCGAGGUGGCCCCUCUCUGGACCUGGAAGGAGUGUAUAUCCGUUGUAUGGAGUAUUGCGUGACCCUGGACGGCUUCGCUGUGGUUCUGAGUGACGGACGCCUGGGCUUUAUCACGCCGCUCAGCAACACUAUCACUGCAGACCAGCUGCAGGGCGUCUGGGCAGCAGACGUCACUGAUGGCACCUGUGUGGCUGUCAACAACAAGUACAGACUGAUGGCCUUCGGCUGCGCCAGCGGCUCAGUGCUGGUGUACAUGAUAGACACCACAACAGGAUCCAUGCAGCUGUCCCACAAACUGGAGCUCACCCCAAAACACUACCCAGACAUCUAUAACAAGACGGGCCCAGUCAAGCUCAUCUGCUGGUCACCUGACUACAGCGUUGCCAUGGUUACAUGGGAGUGUGGCGGCCUAUCUCUGUGGAGUGUCUUUGGGGCUCACCUCAUUUGCACUCUGGGAGAGGAUUUCGCGUAUCGUUCUGAUGGUACCAAGAAGGACCCCAUUAAAAUCAGCUCUAUGAGCUGGGGAGCAGAGGGGUACCACCUAUGGGUGCUCCCUAACAAACAAGAGAGCAGGAGGCAGGAAGAGCAGCAGGAGGUGGAGAUGGUAGAACCUCCUCAGUCCUUCCUGCAGGCCGGCAUACUGCAGUUCCACUUCAUCAAGAGUGCCCUCACAGUCAACCCCUGCACGAGUAACCAGGAGCAGGUGUUACUCCACGGCGAAGACCGCCUCUAUCUGACCUGCGGUGACCCCACGCAGGCCCACAGCACCUCCGACUCGCACCCGCACACACACUUACACCCACGAGACGGCAGCCCGCUGCAUCACCCCCCCAACCCCGACUCCUCUCUCUCUCAGGGACUCAGCACUUUACUGGGACACAAGCACUGGCACGUGGUCCAGAUUCACAGCACAUACCUAGAGAGCAACUGGCCUAUACGGUUUGCAGCCAUAGACACAGCAGGCCAGUGCAUGGCUGUAGCAGGGAGGCGGGGCUUUGCACACUACUCAUUAUUCACAAGGAAAUGGAAGCUGUUUGGGAAUAUCACUCAGGAGCAGAACAUGACGGUGACGGGAGGUCUGGCUUGGUGGAAUGACUUUGUGGUGGUGGCCUGCUACAAUUUUAUAGACCAGCAAGAGCAGUUGAGGCUCUAUCAACGCUCAUCCAACCUGGACAACGCCUUCGCCUCGGUCACUAAGCUGCACUCAGACACUCUGCUGCUUAAUGUCUUCAGAGACAUGGUCAUCCUGUUUAGAGCUGACUGCUCCAUCUGCCUAUAUAGCAUAGAGAGGAGGAAUGACAGUCCAAACCCGUCAGCCAGCGUGGAGUUGCUGCAGGAGGUGUCAAUGUCUCGCUACAUCCCUCACCCGGGCCUCGUGGUCUCUGUCACGCUCACAUCCGUGCGAACAGAGACUGGAAUCACAUUGAAAGCCCCGCAGCAGGCCUGCAUGGCAGAAAGCAUCAUGUUGAAUCUGGCUGGCCAGCUGAUCAUGCUGCAGAGGGACCGCUCUGGACCACAGGUACGAGAGAAGGAGACUCCUGUUAAUAACAAGAAGCUGCUACCAUUUUGUCCACCUGUGGUGCUGGCCCAGUGUGUGGAGAACGUGUGGACCACCUGUCGCUCCAACAGGAAGAAGCGCCACCUGCUGGAGGCCCUGUGGCUGUCGUGCGGGGAGGCGGGCAUGAAAGUGUGGCUGCCGCUCUUCCCCCGAGACCACCGCAAGCCCCACUCCUUCCUCUCCAGACGCAUCAUGCUGCCCUUCCACAUCAACAUCUACCCUCUGGCCGUGCUGUUUGAGGAUGCCCUGGUACUGGGAGCAACCAACGAGACCGUGCUCUACGACGGGCUGCAGGGAUCCUCGGAGCCCCUGGAGGCGCUGUUCCCCUACUGCACCGUAGAGAGGACAUCCCAGAUCUACCUCCACCACAUCCUGAGGCAGCUGCUGGUUCGCAACCUGGGUGAACAGGCUCUGAUGCUGGCUCAGUCAUGUGCCUCCCUCCCCUACUUCCCCCAUGUCAUGGAGCUGAUGGUGCACGUAGUUCUGGAGGAAGAGGCGACGUCGCGGGAGCCCAUCCCCGACCCUCUGCUGCCCACCGUGGCCAAGUUCAUCACGGAGUUCCCCCUCUUCCUUCAGACCAUCGUCCACUGUGCCAGGAAGACAGAGUACGCCCUGUGGAACUACCUGUUUGCCGCUGUGGGAAACCCCAAAGAUCUGUUUGAGGAGUGUCUCAUGGCUCAAGACCUGGACACAGCAGCCUCUUAUUUGAUUAUACUGCAGAACAUGGAGGUUCCAGCAGUGAGCAGACAGCAUGCCACUCUGCUCUUCAACACGGCGUUGGAGCAGGGCAAGUGGGACCUCUGCCGGCACAUGAUCCGAUUCCUCAAAGCCAUCGGCUCGGGGGAGAUGGAGACUCCGCCCCCGACACCCACCACUCAGGAACCCAGCUCAACUGGGGGUUUUGAGUUCUUCAGAAAUCGCAGCAUUAGCUUGUCUCAGUCAGCAGACUCCAUCGCUACAGGCAAGUUCAACCUGCAGAAGACCUUCAGUAUGCCCGCUGGACCCUCUGCUAAAGGUCGGGAUGUGGAGUGUGCGGAGAACAUGUACAUCGACAUGAUGCUCUGGCGCCACGCCCGCCACCUCCUGGAGCAGGUACGCCUCCGCGACCUGGGAUGCUUCUCAGCACAGCUGGGCUUCGAGCUCAUCGGCUGGCUGUGCCGCGAACGGAACCGCGUGGCCCGCGUCGACGACUUUGUCUCGGCGUUGAAGAGACUCCACAAGGAUUUUCUCUGGCCGUUUCCCGUUAUUCCCGUGGGAAGCCUCAGUUCCCCUCUGAAGAACGGACGGUGUCGCACAGUGCUGAGCACGCGGCUGUUGAAGUCGCAGUCAGCUGACAGCCUCUUGAACAGCGACAUGGACACAGCGCCUACUCAGGCAGCUUCCACCAACCACAUCUGGCAGGACGGGCUGGGGCAGAGGGCCAAAGACAUGGACACGGCCUCGUCUGCUCACUCCAACCAGCAUUCACCACAGACACACGACGCCUUCCUGUCACUGCUCACCAACAAAGUGGAGGAGUACAGCAUCGGCUCGGCCACAGACCUGACAGAGACCAGCUCGGUGGUGGACGGGGACUGGACGAUGGUCGACGAGAACUCCUCCACCCUGAGCCUGAGCCAGGCCGAGCUGGAGCACAUCUCCAUGGAGCUGGCCAACAAGGGCCCGCACAAGUCCCAGGUGCAGCUCAGGUACCUCCUCCACGUGUUCAUGGAGGCGGGCUGUCUGGAGUGGUGUGUAGUGAUCGGUUUGAUCUUGCGGGACGCAAACGUGAUCAAGCAGGUGAUUGGCUUCCUAGACAGCCCAGAGGUUCCACAAGAAACUGUGCAGAGUGUCCGGAACGGCUUGUUGGCUGUCGAUACGUGGGCCUCCACUGACUGCCUGGGAUACAAACCGUUUCUCAACCUGAUCCAGCCGCAGCUGCAGCAGCUGAUGGACUCAGCGUCGGAGCAGGUGCAGCCCGAAGCCUUCCAGCCCACCAGCCAGAGCUCCAAGCUCGGCGGCCCCGAAGGGCUGGGGGGCGCCGCCGUGCCCCGACCCGAAGACAGCAGGGGAGUGGCGGCCCCUCUUGGCCUGGCCCUGCCUUCCCUGGAACCCGCGGGAGGUUUUCCCCGGCCCCCCUCCGAGGACUGUCCCCCCGAACAGACUGAGGAGCAGGGAGAGGAGGAGGGAGCGUAUGACUGCACCUUGUCCUGAAGCCAGGGGUGGGGGGGCGGGGACUCUUAACCUGUGAACUCUGGAGGGGAAAGAGAGGAGGAAGCGGCGACAAGCAGCGGCUGACUGGAAAUAGACUUUAUUUUUGUGUGUGCCUGAGCGUGCGUGUGUGCGUGUGUGUGUAUGUGUGUGCACAGAAAGUACCUCUCCUGCAGGUUCUUACAGUCAGUAUUAUCAGCUCCUCAGAUUUGCCCUUUGUGUCGACUAGAGCCCCUGUGGAUACUGAGCUACCAAGAGAGCGACAGGCACAAAGACAUCACAGCACAACCAGAGACAGAGUUCAGUCUAACAGGCCUCACUUUACCAAAACGUUAGAAAAAGGGGGUCGCCUGUGUCGGAUUGUCGCGGUGUUCGGAAGCUGUAUAGCAGCACAGGAAGGCUUUCCAUUCCAAUACAGAUAUUUUGAGUGUUCAUUUUUCUUUGGCACUCAUUCAAGUGCGAUUGGAGACUUUAGAUUGUUUUUUUCUUGUUUUUUUUUUCCCCCACAGUCCAGGUAAAUAGCUCCAUUGUUUCCUUUGAUUAAUGCGAGAACCAGUUCAAAGACAAAAGAACCUGAGCGUAUUGGAUCACAGCAUCAUGCUACAUCGCUAAGUAUCGUGUAGAACAAUGCUCUCGUCAUGAACCAUUUACAAGAUGCACUGAAGUGUGUCGGAGCCUACGGUUAAGCAUGCAGUUCUGUUUGUGUGCACAAGAGGUGUUUCAUACUUUCAUACCUCAUAUGAUUUUAAAUAUUUUGUGAUACCUUUUUCAAUAAUGUAACAGUGUACAAGAGAACAUUAUUUUUCUACCAAUUAACACCUUGUCCCUCCUGUAAGGAAAGAAAAUGGUAUGAAUUCUGUGUAAUUCUUGACCUUAAGAUUUCUAAGAAAAUGAUCUCGUGAGAAGAAUCCGCAGUUGCGAGCGCAGGGCUAGUUUCUUAACACUGAUCCCCCUGAAGUCUAGGCCCCAAAGGUGUCUGCGCGUGGUCCAGGUUUUUAGACACAACAAGCAAAGCAGAUCAGUGUUCCCGGGGUGAGCGGCAGUUUUAAAGCUGUGGAGGGAUGAAGGAAAAAACAAAAAACAAACACAUGCUAAAAAAACCAAACUAAACGAUACUUUAUCCAGCUUUUAAACACACAUUCGGCUUCGAGAGAUUCGAAAUGUGUUUCCUGCCGAGGCAGAUCGUUGAUAUUGUGUUAUUUAAGCCAUCCUGCUCUGUAGAUUUCGUACCUAUCCCUUGCUGCAGGAGCGCCACUCGUCAGUAGCGUUAACAGUGACGUGUCGGCAUCACUCUGAAAGAGAGGAUGAAAUCUGUCAGUAGAGGAGCUGUUUAAAUUUAAACCUUAAACAUUUCGUCCAGUCCAUCAUACAUAUCACAUCCCCUGGACCGUCUGAGACAAUGAUUAUCCAUUUUGCCGCAUGCGUUUUGUAUGUGUGUGUGUGCUUCUUUGCGUGGAUUUCUGGAUACAUGUGUACCAAGUAUUGAUAACGCGUCAACAUGUUUGGUGACCUUUAUCACAUGGUGUUGAUUUUGUCGUAUUAGUCAUCAUUAUUACUAUUAUUUAUUGGCAUCAUAGCUGAAUGAUCACCGCUUAAACUUGGAGACGUGCUCGGUGUGUUUUUAUGACUGAUAACAAACUUUCCCCCCCUUUUAGUUGUAAUCAAAGUUGUGUAUUGGCUCUCUACCAUAAGCACUAAAAGGUUGUUCACUGAUAUGUCAGUAUUAUAUUGUGCAAUGUAUUGAAAUGUUACUCAGCUUUAUUUUUUGUGUUCUUUUCUGUUUGUCCCCCCACCCCACCCCCCACAUCUGUUUGCUUUUACUUUUCAUGAUAGACCAAAUUAUAUUUUAUAGAUACUUUUUUUUUUUGGCUGUCUUGUCAGUGUGUACAAGAUGAGUUGGGUGUGGUAUCUGUUUAAAUUUAGAUUUUUAAAUCGUUUUCUGAACUGCCUCUAUUGUUUAGGACGCUCUCUAUUUACAAAGGGCAAAACGACUUUGCGGCAUGCAGUGCUGCUGUCGCCAUUGUACUGUUGUCACUCGAUGUAAAAAAAAAAAAAAAAAAAAAAAACCCUGUCGCACCCUCGUCUCCACUCUGAACAGGCCUACAGCCACACUACGCUGCUCCGCUGUAAGCUUUUACUUGACUUGAAAAAACGGUAACUUGAUGAACCAAAGACUUUACGUCCAGAGGCCUUCUGUUUUGCUUCGAUUGAGCGCUUGAGUCAUUAUGCAGAGGGAACAAAACCUCAAACACACACACACACACACACACCAACACACACACACCUAUCAUUAGAAACCUAACCAUCAAUGCUCAAAACUAAUGCUGACAGCAUAUGAGACAAUUUCCUACGGAAAUGAAUAUUGCAGAUCUUUUAUGGUUUCCUUCUCCGCGGGCGAGGAGCGGUCAGUCAGGUCAGGUGUGUCUUGUGGUACUCGGGUGUCACGUUCACUCGGAGGUGGACGGCGCUCCCUCCCUCCUGUGUACAGUUUAAAAGUAUUGCCUGUUUCCUGCCUCAGGGUAAAGUUUUUUAUUUCUGGGUCGGGAGCAGCAGACAUCCUCAAUGCAGUGUAAAGAUACUCUCUUGUACAUUUGCCUUUUCUACUCAUGUUUGGUUUUCUACUUCAUUUUUUUUCCUUGUACAUAAAGAUCAAUAAAUUAUUUUUAAAAAUG